AUGGAGGAGCCGGCUACAGCACCGUGGGGUCUAAGCAUCAGUGACGCCGACUUUGAGAAGCUCAAAGCAGGUUUCAACCCUCAGGAUAUGGAUGAUAAAUGGCACGUCUUCGUCACAGAUCAGAGCGAGAGUAGCAACAUCUCCAUCCAUUUUGCUCGAAGUUGGACGGGAAAGGUAUUCUACAUACUUUUGGUGAAUCCUGGUGACGGUGUCAGUACAGGUGGUGUUAAGAUCGAAGCUCUCACCUGGGAACAGACCAAGGGUAUAAUUCGUAUCUCGGAGGAGCAGGCUAAAAAGGAGGCAAUUAUUAUGAGCAGAUGUAUACUGGGGUGUGGUUUUGAUGCACUUCCACAGUAUGACUUUUCAGAUAUGUGGAAUUAUACUGCUACUCAGCCAAAAGCUAGUUGA